ACGCGACGGAGAAGAGAACGGACCACAACAAUUUGGGAACUCUUUUGCCAUGGGUCCAAUAAAGCAUCGUCGGUCCCGUUCUACCUCUCGUAGUCGGAACCGGGAUCGAAACAGGUCCAAAAUAAGCAGAUCACGAUCACCCAAAGAGAAGAAAGGCCGGAGUCGGUCCAUUGAUCGGAACAUAAAAACCCGGAGAAUUGCGCGUUCUGAGAGCGGAAACUCGGACAGCAGUGGUGGAUCUGCGAGGCGACAAGGACAACGGCCCCGUAGCAGAGACCAUCCCGGGCCGAGAAGCGACUCAGACAGCGACAUGAGACGUAAACUGAAGGGCAAAUCAAAAGACAGAUCCAGGUAAACGUUACAGGUUAAGCUAUAUUUAAAAAAAAUGUACAGUGCAUGUAGUUAGCAAAAAAUGGCCCACAUACUGUAUCUGCAACUAAACGUUUUUCUAUCUAUCAGCUCUGACUCAGAUGAUCCAAAGGGGAGGAAGAAAGUAGAGAAAAAGAAGAGCAAAAGAGAAGACAAAGGAGAGAAGAAGAUUGGCAGGAGCCAGUCCCAGUCCGACUCAGGGUCUAGUGCAGACGGGAAGAGAUCGAGGGAUGGGGGGAACAUUGACCGGGAGAGGAGAUGGCGGAGGAGUGCAGACAGAGGGAGCAGAAGCCCCAGCAGAGAGAGGGAACGACAGAUGAGGGAGAGAACAAGGGACAGGGAGAGAAUGAGAAGCCGAGACAAGGACCCAAGCCUAUGUAAGGAGAAAAGUCGAGACAGAGAGAGAAGCAGCUGGAGGACUGAAGACCGUGGGAGAAGAGAAAGAAGCAGAGGGAAGGACCAAAGGGACAAUGAGUGUAAGAGACGUCGCUCUGGCUCCUCAGACUCAUCUAAGAGCUCUGGGUCGGAUGGCGGAGCCCGUGGAGGCAGCCCGGGGUCUGGAGAGGCCGGGCCCUCGGUCCGAGAUGAGAAGAAGAACCAGAGAGAGAUGUUGAAGGCCCUGGAGACCCCAGAGGAGAAGAGGGCCAGACGACUGGCCAAGAAGGAGGCCAAGGAGAGGAAGAAGAGGGAGAAGAUGGGCUGGAGUGAGGAGUACAUGGGCUAUACCAAUGCAGACAACCCCUUCGGAGACAACAACCUGCUGGGCACCUUCAAAUGGCAGAAGGUAAGACGGGGAGAGGAGAGUGAUCACUUGAGAAAUGGCUGUAUAUGGGACUAUCAACCUCCUGCUUUUAGAAGUACAGUGGUUAUCAGACCUUGCCUAAACAGCAGACUGAUAUCAUGGUUACUCCAUGAAUAUCAGCCGGAAAGAAGUUGCUGUAAAAAAAAGAUGCAAUAGUCUCUACAAGGCAGAAUUUUGAAUAAAAUAUUUACACUUAUUUUACCGGUUGUACAUGCUGUUGGUCCUUUUGGCUGUAAGAGGGGGAGAUAAGGUAUCCACAGGAAAGCGCUGUUUACCUGACUUUUUGGGGUGCCGGUAGGUUCUGUCGCUUGUAUUAUCAAUCUGUUGUCGCAUUACACGUGAUGCACAAUAUGUAAACAAAAGCCGAAUGUUGACGACCGAAGCACGUUUCCUCGCAAUCAGCUGGAGGUGUUUGCCAUUCGGUUAGGCUCGGCCAUAUUGUGCAAGUGUUUGUCACGUGUGAAUUGCAUCAGUAUUGAAAAUAAAAACUGGAAAUACAAAUGAUAUACAGAACAGCGUACUGAAGGUCGGGUUGAUAACAUUAUUCUGUGGGUAUUUUGUCUCACAUUCCUACCAGCAAAAGGAACAACCACACGGAUAACCGGUAAAGUGUAAUUUUAUUCAGCAUUCUGGCUUGUAGAGGUCAUGAAAGGAAAUGUUCCUGAUCCAAAUGCUCAUUUCUGCCUGACUUAGAAUUAUAUGCAAUUCAACGUUGGGUCUUCAUGCUUCAUCAGACCAGUCUCUGAGGAAUAUGUGUGUUUCUGUAUGUUGUUGUUGUGGUCAGGCUCUGGACAGGAAGGGGAUUGGCCAUCUGGGUGAGAAGGACCUGAAGGACAGGAACAAACGUAUCCAGGAGGAGAAUCGCAGAGAACUGCAGAAGGUAUGCUUCCAUGCAACACAAGAGUUUUCUGGGUCUGCACUAUAAAUCAAGGAUAGUUGAAAUCGGUGUUAAAUUUACUCUACUGGGAGUUAUCUUAACCCUCGAGAGUGAUACACUCCCUGGAGUUAGUGUUGAUAACUGGAGUUUAUUGGGUUGGAGUACUUUUAACUCCAGGGCAUUUCCACUGAAAAGGACCAUGAGCACCAACGUGAAGUUCAUAGCAGCAUGUCAAAUGAAAGCUAAGUGUCUAUACUUUUGGGAAAUGAAGGCAUAGAUGCAUUUUUCAACCAUUUUCCAUCUUAAAAAAUUAGGCAUAAGUAAUGGCUUUGAUUUCUGGAUAAACAGAUGGAAAAGGGGUCUAAAAAACAUCUACCAGAAAAAGUAUUAAAAGGUAUCAGAAAUGUAUCAAAACACAAUAAUGUUGACGUAAAGACCCCUGCCAACUAAUAUCAACACUUAUAUUUAGUUUUGGAUAAAUUGUUUACCUUCUGUAAGUUAAAGAAAUAUUGCCUUGUGACUCGAAAUUCCAUUACCAAAAACCCACAUAUCUUAAAAAUAUUUUCUAAUUUCUCUCCCUCAUGAGGAAGGAGGAUAAUGAAAGUACACAGAAGUAACAAGUAAUGGUAGACCUUCCAAUUAGUUAGUGAUUUUACUGAUAUCAAUUUUGUUUAUGAAUUAUUAUGUGAUUCAAACUCGUAAUUCCGUGACCAAAUUGGUAAAGGAAUUACCAGAAAAUGUGUUCCGGAAUUACUGCAACUGAAUUGGCUACAAUGGGAAAUCAUAAUAGUUACCAAUCACAUUUGGGUCACCUGCUACUGUCCUCUCUUCCACUGGCAUACUUUUAUGUUCAGCUCAUAACUGUUUUCUUUGUCUUUCUGGUGGUCAAACCAAGAGUGUUAAAACAGUCUGAGUCUGGACAACCCCUCUAUCUCUCUCUCUCUCUCUUUCUCUAGUUAAUGUCACCUAUACCAGGUCUUACUGACACCUACCCAUGAGCCCCCUCUCUUUCCAUUUACUUUAACCAGCAUCUUCACUUACUGAGCACCGACCGACACCGGACGUCCAUGGACUUUUAAAAAGUAGUUGAACCAAAUCUGAACCUAUCAUAGACGUAUGUUUCAUAAGUUUGGAUAGCACAGUACUGUACAAUGAGUAGAGUACAGUAGAGUAUAGUAUAUUGUACUGUACUGAACUAUACUCUACUGAACUCUGCUCUACUGUGCUCUAAUGUCCAUAAUUAUGCAUUUCUGUGUAGUACAGAUCAGGGACACAUGAUGUAAUUCCGAUUACUGUAAUGCCGGUACCAGGUGUAAAUCCACUUCACUCACUGUAGUUCAAUAACCAAAAUAUAUAUUUUCACACUCAAGGUGCCAUGUCAUAGCUGAUAGCAGACAUAAUUUAAUCUUAAUUCGGACCAGAUAUUUAACAUGUUUUUGGAAAACGUGGUCUCAUACAAACCUGAGGGAGACUUUACCGUAAUUCCGUUACCAAAGUUUGCAUCUGCACAGUUCUUCCACUAAAUUCGUUUUUGUAAAUGUUUUAGUGGAAAUUGUUAAAAGUAGCCCUUGUGCAUAGAGUUGUAUGGUUUGAAAAUCUUUAAAAUCAAUGGUUUUUGUUUGGCAUACAUUUUGAAGUGAAAAACACAGAACGAUCCGAUGUCAUUGUCAAAACUACUGUCAUGUUUAACACAGCUAGCACAGUGGGUUUUUGACUGUACUCUACAGGCUUAUUCGAUGCUAGCUAACUGCUUUGUUAUUGUGGACAUCAUGCAUUUAGCUAGCUUUCUAAUGGAGGAUAAUAGUACCUAGAGCCGAUGCCCAUGUGAAAAUCACAAAUGUAGCGUACAGCUGAAUGUGCUUAAAAACCUGGAUUUCUGACCGGACUUUACAGGCUUGUUAACAUGGUUGUUAGUAUUGUAUUGUUAUUCAAUCUCAAAUUGGUAGUUUUAGCUUUUACUUGAUUCACUUCUUGAUCAGAGUCUUGAUAAAAAAAAGCCAUGAGUUUGUUUCAAUAUGGCUGCGGCCACGUCUCUCUAAGGGUGCGUUCGCAAAUUCGCUCUGGCUAUCUACUCCGAUUUCAGAGCACUCUCGUCUGAAUGUGCCAGAGCGCAGAGUAACUGAUGAAUUUACGAACGCUCAACAACAGUUGAAUAUGGCUGGUAUCAGUAAACAUCGGCAAAAAAGCGUAAUUAAAUUGUUGCCAGCAGCACAGUUACAGUCACCAAGGCCCUGGAUAACAUAAAAACAGCCUAACCAGCUCUGCUAGGCUAGGGCGAGUAAAAUGGUCAGAGUGAGGUGUGUAGCUAGCCAACGUUAGCUUGGGUGCUUGACUGUGAGGUCAGAACGCUCGGAUCAACUCCAAAGCGUCCAGUGUGCGCUCUGAACGCUCCGAGAGCGAAACAGACAAUCUGACAAACGCUCUGAAUUUACGUACGCCCGCAGCGCACUCUGUCACUCCAGAUUUAAUUUACGAACAAGCGGUCACUAGCUAGCACAGCCACAAAGUUAUGCCACAAAGUUAUAAAAUCAGAUUUAAACCUAACCUUAACCACACUGCUAACCCUAAUGACUAACACUAAAUGAAGACAAAUAAAUGUUUUUUUUAUUUCAUUAAUUUUUACAAUAUAACCAAUUUUGACUCUGUAGCUGGCCUAUCUAAGGGGAAAUCGCUCAUUUCUGCCUCCAGGACAAGACUCAUGACAAUAAACGGCAACCUGCUACUCUGACAGGCAUUCUAAAUGCAAGUUGUGAGUGAUGUAAAGGUGUGCUGGAUAUCUUCCUGCAAGUUGGCUUCCAACAGAUUGGAUAUCACAUUGCAAACUACCACUAUGUGACACAUGAAUAAAUAUUCAUAUAACUAACCAUAGAGAUAUGUACUCUGCUGUACUAACUGUAAGUUGCUCUGGAUAAGAGUGUCUGCUAAAUGACUAAAAUGUCAAUGUAGUUGAUUGUUAAUUCAAAACAACACAGAAAAGUGUAACAUAGCAUGGGAGUUGAUUUAAAAACUACACUGAAAAUACUAAAAUUGCAGUUAAAUUGAACCAACUCAGUGAGAGUUGGAUAUUUACUCCUUUUAGUGUCCAAACAACAUGACCAGAGUAGUUUUAAUACAAAAUGGGGGUGGGACCAUAUAAACCCCAAAAUAGUGUUACAUUUGAGUCCAUUGGAGUUUAACGAACUCAUGCGAUUUUACUGUCUGUCUGUGUGUUUGAUAGAUUUAGAACAAUGUGGCGAGAAAGAGAAAGCCAUGCAAGCGCAGGACCUGUGUGUGUGUAACUGUGUGUGUAACUGUGUUUGUGUGUCUGCCUGUGUGUAGGUGAAGCAGCUGCGUCUGGAGAGGGAGAGAGAGAAGGCCAUGAGAGAGACGGAGCUGGAGAUGCUGCAGAGAGAAAAGGAGGCAGAGCAUUUCAAAACCUGGGCAGAACAAGAGGACAACUUCCACCUGCACCAGGCCAAGCUACGGUUAGUGGUGCCACCUUCAUUACUGUCCCUCUGUAAACCCUGACUCUCAAUAACCUCUCACAUACAGUGCAUUUGGAAAGUAUUCAGACCCCUGGACUUUUUUCACAUUUUGUCACGUUACAGCCUUAUUCUAAAAUUGAUUAAAUUGUUUUUUGUCCCCUCAAUCUACACACAAUACCCCAUAAUGACUAAGCAAAAACAGGUUUUUAGAAAAAUUGCCAAUUUAUUCAAAAUCAAAAACGGAAAUAUACAUUUACAUAAGUGUUCAGACCUUUUACUCAGUACUUUGUUGAAGCACCUUUGGCAGCGAUUACAGCCUCAAGUCUUCUUGGGUAUGACGCUACAAGCUUGGCACACCUGUAUUUGGGGAGUUUCUCCCAUUCUUCUCUGCAGGUCCUCUCAAGCUCUGUCAGGUUUGAUGGGGAGCGUUGCUGUACAUCUAUUUUCAGGUCUCUCCAGAGAUGUUUGAUCGGGUUCAAGUCCGGGCUCUGGCUGGGCCACUCAAGGACAUUCAGAGACUUGUCCCGAAGCCACUCCUGCGUUGUCUUGGCUGUGUGCUUAGGGUCGUUGUCCUGUUGGAAGGUGAACCUUUGCCCCAGUCUGAGGUCCUGAGCGCUCUGGAGCAGGUUUUCGUCAAGGAUCUCUCUGUACUUUGCUCUGUUCAUCUUUCCCUCGAUCUUGACUAGUCUCCCAGUCCCUGCCGCUGAAAAACAUCCCCACAGCAUGAUGCUGCCACCACCAUGCUUCACCGUAGGGAUGGUGCCAGGUUUCCUCCAGACGUGACGCUUGGCAUUCAGGCCAAAGAGUUCAAUCUUGGUUUCAUCAGACCAGAGAAUCUUGUUUCUUGUGGUCUGAGAAUCUUUAGGUGUCUUUUGGCAAACUGCAAGCGGGCUGUCAUGUGCCUUUUAUUGAGGAGUGGCUUCCGUCUGGCUCUAGGAAGAGUAUUUUUAUAGUUCCAAACUUCUUCCAUUUAAGAAUGAUGGAGGCCACUGUGUUCUUGGGGACCUUCAAUGCUGCAGACAUUUUUUAGUACCCUUCCCCAGAUCUGUGCCUCGACACAAUCCUGUCUCGGAGCUCUAUGGACAAUUACUUCGACCUCAUGGCUUGGUUUUUGCUCUGACAUGCACUGUCAACUGUGGGACCUUAUAUAGACAGGCAUGUGCCUUUUCAAAUAAUGUCCAAUCAAUUGAAUUUACCACAGGUGGACUCCAGUCAAGUUGUAGAAACAUCUCAAGGAUGAUCAAUGGAAACAGGAUGCACCUGAGCUCAAUUUCGAGUCUCAUAGCAAAGGGUCUGAAUACUUAUGUAAAUAAGGUAUUUCUGCUUUUUAUUUGUAAUACAUUUGCAAAAAUGUCUAAAAACCUGUUUUCGCUUUGUCAUUAUGGGGUAUUGUGUGUAGAUUGAUGAGGAUUUUUAUUUAUUUAAUCAAUUUUAGAAUAAGGCUGUAACAUAACAAAAUGUGGAAAAAGUCAAGGGGUCUUAAUACUUUCCGAAGGCACUGUAGUUCCAUUUACUCACUCAAAAACAGCCUGGUCCAAAAACAACGCCUCGCUGCUCCGGUGUUUGCCGAUGUGGAUUUGUGUGUAGCCCUCUAACUAAUAAAUGUUUGUUUGUUUAGGUCUAAGAUCCGUAUCCGUGACGGCCGUGCUAAGCCCAUAGACCUGUUGGCUAAGUACAUCAGUGCUGAAGAUGACGACCUGGCUGUGGAGAUGCACGAACCUUACACCUUCCUCAAUGGACUCACUGUCACUGACAUGGACGACCUGCUUGAAGAUAUCAAGGUGUGUGUGCGCUUACUGUCUUUCUAGAAUAAAUGGAGCUUGUUGGUUGAGAAAUUGUGGUGUGUGGAGGAAGAGAGCAAGAGAGUGUUUGUUUGUGACCCUGUGUGUUUUCCCUGUAGGUGUACAUGGAGCUGGAGCAGGGGAAGAAUGUAGACUUCUGGAGGGAUAUGACCACCAUCACAGAGGAUGAGAUCAGCAAGCUCCGGAAACUGGAGGCAUCUGGAAAAGGCCCAGGUGCACCACCUCAACCUCUCAUAGGUCCAGCUACAUGGACAUCUCAGUAUUGCUCUCUCUCAUUGGCCCAUAUUCUGUCUUGGCUGUCCACCAUCAACCUCUAUACUUUAUGCCUACGCCUAGGCAUUUCUCCCCUUGUCUCUCUCUCCUAGGGUGUGUCAGAAAUGGCACCCUGGUUAAAAGUAGUGUAAUAUAUAGAGCAUUUUCUGGUGCAGCCCUAGUCUCUCUAGUGAUGUUUUCUGUUUCGUUAACUGUCUCUCUGUUCUCCAGGUGACCGUCGUGAUGGCAUUAACACGUCAGUGAGCACCGAUGUUCAGAUAGUGUUUAAGGGAAAGACGUACAGCCAGCUCCAGGCGCUGAACCUCAACAUCGAGACUAAGAUCCGAGCUGGGGGAUCCAAUCUGGACAUAGGCUACUGGGAGAGCUUGAUGCAGCAAGUCAGGGUCUACAUGGGCCGAGCACGGUGAGGACCGGUUGUUUGUGUGUGUAGAGCAUGGCGCUUGCAACGCCAGGGUUGUGGGUUCGAUUCCCACGGGAGACUAGUACAGGGAAAAGUACAGAAAUGUAUCCACUCACUACUGUAAGUCGCUCUGGAUGAGAGCGUCUGCUAUAUUACUAACAUGUUUUUAAAAAUGUAAAUCCCUAUCUGUGUUGUAGGUUGAGAGAGAGGCACCAGGACGUGUUGCGUCAGAAGCUGUUCAAGCUGAAACAGGAGCAGGGAGUGGAGAGUGAGCCUCUCUUCCCCAUCAUCAAAGAGGAGCCUGAGGAGGAGGCUGUGUGAGUACACUCACGCACACCAUCAACCUCUUUCUACGCACGCACACACACUCACACACACACACUCACACACACACACACACACACACACACACACACACACACACACACACACACACACACACACGCUCAUGUACACAAGGUUUGACCUUUGCCUCCUCUGUUUCUCAUUCACAGGACCGAGAGCGAGAAAGACACUCCCUCAGAGGUGCCUGGCCCCUCCUCUUCCUCCCCUUCCAUCAAUCAGAAGAGAGAUACAGAGGAGAAGGAUGAGCAAGUGGCGGGCCCAUCCACGGAGGGAGACGGGGAUGGAGAGGAGAAGGGUGAGGUGGUAGAGGCUGUUCUGACAGAGGAGGAUUUGAUCCAGCAGAGCCAGGCAGAGUAUGACUCUGGCCGCUACAGUCCCACACUGCUGCUUCCCUCGGAGCUACCGCUGGACACACACACCAUCACACCUGACGAAGACACACACAAACUACACCUCUCACGCAGACAGCUCGCCGUCACAGGUAAGAGGCUUUGCAUACCCACACCCAUAUUCAUACAUACAAAAACGCUCAGUCAUUCUUACAAGGCCUAUCUCUACCCAUUUGUCAAAUUAAUCAAUCUUUCUCUCUCUGCUUACCCCUUGUUCUCCAGGUGAUGCCAAUGAGAAUGCAGAGGAUGAGUUUGUGCGUCGCGCCAAACAGGGCAUGGGUGGGGACGAGGCUCAGUUUAGCGUAGAGCUUCCCCUCACAGGGAAGAUGUACCUGUGGGCUGAUAAAUACCGUCCCCGGAAACCUCGCUUCUUCAACAGGGUCCACACAGGCUUCGAGUGGAACAAAUAUAACCAGACCCAUUACGACUUCGACAACCCUCCGCCAAAGAUCGUCCAGGGCUACAAGUUCAACAUCUUCUACCCGGACUUGAUCAACAAACGUUCCACACCGCAGUACUUCCUAGAACCCAGUCCCGACAACAAGGACUUUGGGGUUCUGCGGUUCCAUGCGGGCCCGCCAUACGAGGACAUUGCCUUUAAGAUCGUUAACCGCGAGUGGGAGUACUCUCACCGCCACGGGUUCCGUUGUCAGUUCGCCAAUGGGAUCUUCCAGCUCUGGUUCCACUUCAAGAGGUACCGCUACAGGAGAUAGAACCGGCUGAGUUUAGAACCUCAACAGACCAACACCAGUCCUGGGCCUAGACCCCAAUCCGGACCAGGAACCUCAAACUGCAAGGUUUUAACCAUAGAAAUGGAAUGUAUAGAUCAGACAUCACAUCAGUUGGGAUCAUCUGUAAGGUUAAUAUGUAUUCUAGCUGUUAAUGUUUAGUCUGAAGGCCUCAAAAAAAUAAUUGACACGCUAUGGAUCUACUUCUCUGUGUUAUUACUAUGGCAGCCCUGCCCAUUCUGUUGUGUCACAAAGAAUGGUUUGUAUUUUUAGUUUGAUCAGAUGGUGAUUUUCAAUGUACCUGUCUCUGAAAUUACAUAUUAAAGAUUAUUUUCCUAGCUGGCUUCCAUUUGGUGCCAUCAGAGCUGUGAGGCAAAUAUUUGACAACAUUUCUAUUUUCCUAAGAGUAGCAUUAAGUAUGCCUCAAUCAGUCAGGAAGAGGAUGUCAACAAAUCAUAAGAUAGUAAACUGUCACUU